AAAAAAAAAAACCCACAUUAGAGUUCCCAUUUCCCAAAUGAAUGAAUCAACAAUGGAUUGCUUCACCUCAAAAGUUUCAGUUCUUCUCCUACUCUUGCUAUCUGCAGUGGUAUUGCCCAAAGGCAACUGUAGAACGCAUAGUUGCAAUGAAAACGAUCAAUCGGCCUUGUUAAUCUUCAAACAUCAUGUUGUAGACCCUUUAGACUACCUCUCCUCUUGGUCUGAUGAAAAACAUUGUUGUGCAUGGAAAGGAGUGCAGUGUGAUAAUGUGACAGGAAGAGUUACAACACUUGAUCUCAACAACCAAUACUUGCAAGGUGAAAUCAACCUAUCUCUUCUUCAAAUUCAAUUUUUGACUUACUUGAACUUGAGUUGCAAUAGUUUUACAGCUCUAAGUCUUACAAACUCAAACUACCAAUCACUAGUCAAACCUUCUAAUGCUUAUGCUAACUUCUCUAGCCUCAAGUACCUGGACUUGUCCUUUAAUGAAGAUCUUCAGUUGGAUAAUCUUCAAUGGCUUUCUCAUCUUUCUUCAUUGCAAUGCCUCAAUCUCAGUGCGAUUUAUCUUGAAAGUCAAACAAAUUGGCUUCAAACCAUGGCCAUGCUUCCUUCUCUUUUGGAGUUGAGAUUGUCAAUGUGUCGUCUAAAAAGCAUCAGCCCUUCUGUCAAGUUCGUGAAUUUUACUUCACUACUCACUCUUGACCUGUCUCAGAACAGUUUCUACUCCGAUUUGCCUUAUUGGCUGUUUAAUAUUAGUAGUGACAUCUCUCAUAUUGACCUUAGCUCCAAUGGUUUGAGGGGCCAAAUACCCAAGACUUUGUUAAAUCUUAGAAAGCUUAAAUCAUUAAGAUUGGAUGACAAUGGACUUACAGGACCUAUUCCAGAUUGGUUAGGGGAACAUCAACAUCUGCAGCAUCUUAAUCUAACUGAGAAUCUGUUUAAUGGUUCCUUUCCUUCAAGUCUAGGAAAUCUCUCAUCCUUGACACAAUUUGGAGUUAGCUCUGAUUCAUUGAGUGGUAGUCUUCCAAACAGCAUCGGCCAGCUCUUUAACUUGAGGAGUUUAUACAUCGGAGGAUCCCUGUCAGGAGUUCUAUCUGAAAAGCAUUUUUACAAACUCUUCAAUUUAGAAUCACUUGUCUUGCUUUCAGCUUUUUCAUUUGAUUUGGAUCCCAACUGGAUUCCUCCUUUUCAGCUCCAUGAAGUUGACCUGAGAAACACAAUUCUUGGUCCAACUUUUCCAGAAUGGCUAUACACACAGAGGACGCUAGAAACUCUAGAUGUUUCUUCCUCAGGAAUAUCACCCACAAACGCAGACAGGUUUUGGAGCUUUUUAGCCAAUGUCAGAUCAAUUAGAUUGUCCAAUAACAACAUUAGUGCUGAUUUAUCAAAUGUCACUCUAAAUUCUGCAUAUAUAAUUAUGGAUCAGAAUAAUUUCACAGGAGGGCUACCACUUAUAUCAUCAAAUGUCUUGUAUUUAGAUCUAUCUUACAAUUUCCUGUCUGGAACCAUUUCCAAUAUGUUGUGCUCUAGAUUGGGAAGGAAAAUGAAUACAUUAUAUUACCUGGAUAUAUCUCAUAAUCUUUUGACGGGAGGAAUUCCCGAUUGUGGGGAGAAUUGUAGAGGUUUGACUUUACUUAAGAUUAACAACAAUAAACUAGGUGGUGAAAUUCCUCCACCAAUGGAUUUGCACAAGAACAACUUUUCUGGAAAUCCACUGGACAUUUCAAGCUUUAAGUCAUUGGCAUACUUGAACCUUGCAGAAAACAAUUUUUCUGGGGUUGUACCAACAAAGAUUCCAAAGAGCAUUCAAGGGCUGAUAUUGAGAGGCAAUGAAUUUAGCGGCAAUAUUCCAGCAGAACUAUGUAGUCUCCCUUCCCUAAGAAUACUUGAUCUUUCACAAAAUAAACUUUCCGGAUCUAUUCCUUCUUGUAUAUAUUUUAAUGGGCCUUACAGUAUACUCAAUUAUAGUCUCUCGGAUGGUGCUGGAACAAUAGAAUCUCAUCUUAAGUUCAGUUUUUUGUAUUAUUUGGGAGGUAGAGGGGUGGAGUAUGAAGGUGGUUGGGUACUCGGAACUCUAGACCUUUCAACAAACAACUUGUCUGGAGAAAUCCCACCACAACUUUUUAACCUCACUCGGUUGGCUGGUUUGAACUUGUCCAGAAAUCAUUUGGUGGGAAAGAUACCAAGCAAUAUUGGUGGCAUGACAAAUUUGGAGUGGCUUGAUCUCUCCAACAAUCAUCUUUCAGGGGAAAUUCCGGCAGCCAUAUCUAAGUUGAUGUUCCUAGGUUUGCUGAAUCUAUCAUACAAUGAUUUAAGUGGAGAAAUCCCAUCAGGGGGGCAACUUGAUACGUUAACUUUAUGGAGCUAUAUUGGGAAUCCCAAACUUUGUGGAGCUCCUCUUCUAAAGAACUGUUCUGAGAAAGUAAAUGAAGAGAAGGUAAACCAUGAAGAAGGAUCAAACGAUUCUCUAAAUGAGUCACUCUACAUUGGGAUUGGAGUUGGGUAUUUUGCUGGCUUAUGCGGAGUUUGGUAUUCUUUGCUCUUCCAUAGAGCAUGGAGACACAAAUAUUUUCAGUUCCUGGAUAAUAUCCUCGACUGGCUUUAUGUGUUUGUGGCUCUCAAGUUAAAUAAGUUUCGUGAGUUAAGAGCAAGUUCAAGAUGAAGUGAAGAGCUUUUGGAAAAGUGGUAAUGUCAAAGAAUACAUUUAAAUUACUCAUUUUUGUCUUUGAAUGUUAGGUGAUUUUUUAAAAUGGUAAGUGUUGCUCGACAUUUGUUUGCAAUUGAAAGUAUACGUGUAAGGCUUUUUAUUUGAAUAUUAACAAUAUCUCAACUAAGAUGGUCAAGGAGGUUAC